UAUGUCAUUUAUAAUCUCCUUUACCAACUCUAAAACCUCUCCAAAAUCCCUGCAUUCAAGAGCUCUCUCUCUCUUUCUCUCUCUCUUUAAAAAAAAAAAAAAAAAAGUUUCGAAAGGGGAAAAAGAAAAAAAAAAAAAAAAGUUUCGAAACGGGAAAAGUGAAAUCCAAAUGGAGGAAUGCAUGAAAGAGAGUAUGAGGAAGCUGGCUCUGUGGCACACAAGGACCUUCAAGCCUAUUAUGACCCACGACGAGUUGGAGCCCAUCAUGGCCACCUUGGGCUUCGUCGGAAAACUACCGCCGCCGCCUAGUUCUUCCGGCGUUUGGAAAGAGUACGUUUACUCGGCCGGUGGUUGGCGGUUUCAGUUUGCUAAGUGCGGUUCGGUUUCGGGUUCGGGUUCGGACCCACCGCCGCCUAAGCCGAAACUGCCGUACCCGAGAAUCGACGGGCUUCACAUCUAUACGUAUCGUGCUUUCAUCGACGCCGUUAGCUUCUACAUCGGGAUGGACGAUAUCUCCGAUCUUUUUCAUAUUAGAGGUAUGCCGCUGUAUCGAAUCCACGAUCGAAACCGAAAAUGGCGUCGAAUGGAAGAAGAUGAAAGUGUGUUUGUUUUCAGAGAUGGAACACUUGAGCAAGCAACAUACAAUCGUUAUCGCUUUGAUCAUAAAAAUAGCAGCAAUAAUGGCAGCAACGGGUACAAAUCCAAUAUGCUGAGGAACCAAGGGAACAAUGCUACCACCCAAACAAGCUGCAAUAUUGUUGCCUUGAAAGAUAUUAUUUUGUGAUUUUUCUCACCAAAGGAUAGGUUGGAAAAAUAUAAAAGAAACAAGAAAAGAAACAAGAAAUACAUCACACAGAAACAGAAGAUUUGUAUGAAUCCUUGUUAGAGAUUUUUUUUUUUUUUUUUUUUUUGGGUUGCUGAUUUUGGUGGAAUAAAAGCAAAAGAAGAAAUUGUUUUUGGGCAACAUUUGGUUAAUAUGAGAGAAGGGAAUGGAUUCAGUGCUGUAAUCUGGAAAAU